GUGUUUGUUGUUAAUAAAGCUGUAGUGGGCGGAGCCGAAGAGCAUGCCGGGACUUGUAGUCGGGCUGGGCCCUUCCGCAGAGCAGAAAUGGAGGAGGCCGAGGUGGAGCGCCUAAUAGUAGAGGCCAGAGAGAGUAUGGAGGCUGCCGCCAACUACCAGAGAGAACUGCAACACCGACUGAAGGGGCUGAGCCAGGCCAGGACACAGAUCAAGGAGAGCGCAGCCCAGACCCGGGAGACUCUGCGGCAACAUUUCCAGGACAUGAGGAACGGCGUGACCAAGAUGCUGGAGGAGAGGCUGGCCGUCCUCCUACAACAAGUGGAGGCCAUCGAGCUGCAGAACAUCAAACCCCUGGAUGAUUGUCAGAAGGUGCUGGAACACGGCAUCAGCACGGCCCAGGACCUCCUCCGAGAAGGCGCGGUCGCGGUGUCCGGAAAACCUGGAACAGACCAUCAGACCCUGUGUAAUUUCACCAACAAGGCUCUUCACAUCCAGCUGGACAGCUUGCCGGAGGUUCCGUCACUCAUUGAAGUUCCAUGCUUGUCGGCUCAGCUGGAUGACUCUCUCCUCUCCGUGGCCAGAGAUCAGAUCUCCAGUCAUGGUACAGUGGCCUCCAGACCUCCGGUACAGAUCGAGGAGCUGACUGAGAGGCCGGGAGGGAUCCUGGUGAAAUGGUGUAAGGUAGAUGACGACUUUGUGGUGCAGGAUUACCGCCUGCAGUACCGGCGCCAUAACUCGGGCCAUUUUGAAGAUGCGUACGUGGGCCACGAGUGCGAGUUCAUCGUCCUGCAGAUUGACCCCAAUGUGGAUUAUCAGUUCCGUGUGUGUGCCCGGGGGGACGGGCGCCAGGAGUGGAGUCCUUGGAGUGUUCCGCAGAUGGGUCACACGUGUCUCAUCCCUCACGAGUGGAGUCCAGGAUUGGAAGGUUACAGUCUCAGCAGCCGAAGGAACAUCGCCCUCCGCAAUGAUAGUCCCUGCCAAUCCGUCCUUUACUCCAAAAGUGCCACCUACUUCCCUGGACAGACCCUGACCUUCAGGGUGGAGACCACCGGACAGCCGGAUAAGAGGGACAGUAUUGGUGUUUGUGUGGAGAAGGACAAUGGAUGUGACUCGAUGCAGAGAGACAAGGCCGUGUGUAUCAGUCCAGGCGGUGCUGUGUUUGUGAAUGGGAAGGAAAUGACCAAUCAGCUACCUCCAGUCUCCCCUGGUUCCACCAUCACCUUCGACAUGGCGCUCGUCAGUUUAGGGCCUAGCAACAACAACGAGGGCCCUCACCACAAGCGCAGGGUCACCAUAAGCUCUGGAACCCGGGAAGUGGUAUUUGAUUGGCUGCUGGAGCAGUCAUGUGACGCGCUGUAUUUUGGAUGUUCCUUUAUUCACCCCAGCUGGAAGGUUCUGGUAUUUUAACUGGCUGAGAUCAGAUCAU